AAAUCAUCCCGUUCUGAAACGUCCUGUUGUGUCCGUCAGCCCCAGCCCGAGCCCCCCACCCAGCCCCCGCCUGCUCCAAGGCUCCGAGACAGUCACACACUCAGCCUCUGUGGCCAAGCCAGGGGCGGGGUGGGGGGGCACAGGCUGGGGACACACUGGAAUAUUCACGCUUCAGUGGCAGCAGCGGCAGCCAGAGGAGUCACCCGCCACACAAGGGACCCCUCAGGAAUGAAGAAGCCUUUCAGGGCCAGAGGGGCUGUGGUCUCCCUUCCUCUCCUUAAAUAGCCAGCCUUCCACCCACAGAGGCACAGAGCCCCCUGCUACCACCGCCACUCACGGGCAGAGAUCACCUGCUACCCGCAGACCCCUGCCCCUUCCUCCUGGACCAGCAGCUAGAGGCUUGUACCCAGCUCUGUCUCCACACAAAGCAUGAAUGGCCUUGAAGUGGCGCCCCCAGGUCUGAUCACCAACUCCUCCCUGGUUAUGGCAGAGCAAUGCGGCCAGGAGACACCACUGGAGAACAUGCUGUUCGCCUCCUUCUACCUCCUGGAUUUUAUUCUGGCUUUUGUUGGCAAUGCCCUGGCUCUGUGGCUUUUCAUCCGAGACCACAAGUCAGGGACCCCGGCCAAUGUGUUCCUGAUGCAUCUGGCGGUGGCUGACUUGUCAUGCGUGCUGGUCCUGCCCACCCGCCUGGUCUACCACUUCUCUGGAAACCACUGGCCGUUCGGGGAAAUCCCAUGCCGCCUCACCGGCUUCCUCUUCUACCUCAACAUGUAUGCCAGCAUCUACUUCCUCACCUGCAUCAGUGCUGACCGCUUCCUGGCCAUCGUGCACCCGGUCAAAUCCCUCAAGCUCCGCAGGCCCCUCUACGCGCACCUGGCCUGUGCCUUCCUGUGGGUGGUGGUGGCCGUGGCCAUGGCCCCACUGCUGGUGAGCCCGCAGACCGUGCAAACCAACCACACGGUGGUCUGCCUGCAGCUGUACCGGGAGAAGGCCUCCCACCAUGCCCUGGUGUCCCUGGCUGUGGCCUUCACCUUCCCGUUCAUCACCACGGUCACCUGCUACCUGCUGAUCAUCCGCAGCCUGCGGCAGGGCCCGCGUGUGGAGAAGCGCCUCAAGAGCAAGGCGGUGCGCAUGAUCGCCAUGGUGCUGGCCAUCUUCCUGGUCUGCUUCGUGCCCUACCACAUCAACCGCUCUGUCUACGUGCUGCACUACCGCGGCCGUGGGACCUCCUGCGCCGCCCAGCGUGUCCUGGCCUUGGGAAACCGCAUCACCUCCUGCCUCACCAGCCUCAACGGGGCGCUUGACCCCGUUAUGUAUUUCUUCGUGGCUGAGAAGUUCCGCCAUGCCCUGUGCAACUUACUCUGUGGCAAAAGGCUCACGGGCCCACCCCCCAGCUUUGAAGGGAAAACCAACGAGAGCUCGCUGAGUGCCAGGUCAGAGCUGUGAGCAGGGGUGCCAUCCAGGCCAAGCGCCGACCAUUUAGGACUCAGCAGACUCAGCAAGAGGCACCUGCCCUUGCCCCAACACCUCCCCAGCAGAAGGCCUGAAAUCUCAGCAGGUGCCCACUGUUUCUUUGGAUCCCCUAGUCUCAACCCCUAAAAAGGGAGAACUGAUUAAGGGGAUCUGCCACCCGGCACUCUGCAGGGGCUUGGGAUGCUUUCAGUGGCUCAUAGACACUCAGCAACCUCACCCAUAGCAGGGAGAGAGGAGGCCGGAAGAACAACCCCUGAAUACAAAGGAGGUCUUUCUUUCCCACUAGGCUCCCAGCCUCCUUCCUGCUAAAGAGUCACGCAGUGGCAAGGCUCAGCAGAAAGACCAGGAAGGCAGGCUGCAAAUGACCCAGAAGAGGGACCUGGGGAUCCUGCGGGGGGGAAGAGAGGGAGUCUCAAUAUUCCUUUGCAGUGCAAGGUACUCUGGGUCCCCUCUGUGGUGCCUCCACCAGGCACCCCCUGCCUGAGUUGAAGGGACACAGGCCACACAUUUCAGGCUGGCUGCUGGGGAACCUCAGCACUUGCAGCCUGCAGGGACCCAGCACAGCUCUGGAUUCAGGAUCCCUCCUGCUGUAAUUCCAUGCACAGACCUGCCACACCCAGAGCUCCUUGGCAGACUCCCAGGCCUCCCAGUCCUGGACAAGCACGUCCUGUGCAGUCACAGGAGCUAAGCUCAAGCAGGAGCUGGGCUAUGCACCUGGCUCCCACCGACCCAGACCCCGAAGGGAUGGCCCCGGCCCACUCCCUCCGGAGAGACCUCUCUGCCUGAGCUCUUUCUCUUGCUUGCGUGCAGAUAUCGCCCUAACAUGCCCUUUUAUACUUGUUUGGACAGAUCAUAAAUGUAACUGUAGCUUUAAGACUACAAAGGUUAUUGUGCUUGGUCAACAUAAAGCGUCUUCCAGAACUUCUCUCUUUGACCCAAAAAUGGCGGAGCGGUGGUGCAGUGGCAGAGGCAGCUUCUUGGGCUCUCUCGCUGGGGUGCUGGCAGCUCAUAGUGCGUCGGCCCAGAUUCUGAAGUUCUGCACUGUGGGCUUGGAGGACCGAGCGGCCACCCUCAUUCCUCACUCUAGCUGCCGCCCUGCCCCGUCCUUACGACAAUACACUUGUAGCACAUUUGACCUUCCAAAGCACUUCAAGCAUCUUCUGAAUUUCCCCAACCAGCCCUUGGUUGGGGCAGUGACCCUGUGCAAACCUUGGCUCAGGAAGGAGAUUAGACUUGCUCCACACACCGUCAGCGACACUGCUGGUCGGCACAAGCCCUGGUGCUGUCCCUUGGCCCCUGCCUUGCACUAUCUGUCCCCUCAGCCUUUCAUUUAGACAAGCUGCUGAAUGCCAGGCACUACCCAGCCCCGAGGAGGAGCUGUGGGAGGCAACAGAGUCGGACAGAGAGGGUGUGGUGGGGAUGCAAGGCUGGGGCCUGUGAGGGCGGCACUGCCUCCACUGACACCGGGAACACAUGCACAGGCAGCCUUGGUGGUCAGUGGAGGAGAAUCCCAAACUGCUCAGGCCCCAUUGCAUUUGGGAUGCCUGGUGGAUACCAUGUGGAGGUGGCACGUGGGCAGCUGAGGACAGUGAGACAGAGGCCUGAGGCGGACCCCAGGAUUGUCCAGACAUGCCUGCCAUUUAGGGCUCUGGGACUCUGUCUGCAAGGGCAGCCAUGAGGGACGGGCACGGAGCCCCAGAUGACCCCCCAUGGAGAGACAGAGAUGAAGGACCCCCCUGGAGAGACAGGGAGAAAGAUGGCUCAGAGGAGGAGAGCAGGCAUGUGCAGCUGCAGAGGUGGGCAGAACCACAGGAACACAGGGUCCUGGGCACCAGAGGGGGGCGUUUCUGCACCUCUGCAGCGGUGGUGAGGGCUGCUGAGGGGUCAGGAGGAGGUGUGGGUCCCUGGGCAGAUGAGGCCUGGGUAGUGCACUGGAGGGUGGCACAUGCACUGGGAGGAGCUGGGGAGGAAGGCCAGGCAGUGUUUUGAACCCAGCUCCCCCACCUGGCCCUUCAGAAAGAAAGAGAGUGUGGAGUGGAGAAGGGGGCCUUGGAGAAAUGGUGGGAUGGACAGGGCUCACAGACAGACAUGGGGCUGUAGGGCAUCCCAGAGUGGGGCCCAGGGAGGCGGGAGACAAGGCCACCUGUUACAGGGACAGUGCUCGGGGAGGGAGGACAAGAGAGCAAGGCUUCGCAGAAGGUAGGAACUUCCAGAAGACCCCUGAGGUCUGUGGCCCUGAACUUAGAGUAAAUAUGGGCAUUUUCCUCCAGCCACACUGAGCUGCGCAGGUACAGUCAGGGGAAGGGGGACAGGUGGGGUCAGCAGUGGGGGUGGCCUGGGGUUGGAAGAGUGUGGAGAUUUCUCUUGGCUCCCAAGAGGCCACCAGGAGCAUGCUGAACCUGGGGCCCCGUAAACUAGGGCUGGACUAACUGCCCUGAGAUGACGAGGAGGGUGACGUGGAGGGUAGGCAGCCACGUCAGUGCAGCCUGCAGAACCAAGACGCUGCAGAACUGAGACCCUGCCAGGCCCUCAGCCAGUGGAUGGCACACAGGAGGGGCUGGCAGGCACGCUGGGAAGGGCUGUGGCCCCCCCCACUCCGGCCCAACACGGCCACCUCACCUGCCAGCGUUCUUCACAAAGCCCAGGUCAGCCAGCUCCACGUCACACAGCUCGCAGCGGAAGCAGCCCGGGUGCCAGUUGUUAUUCAUGGCCUUGAUGACGCGACCAAUGAUGAACUCGCCUGGAAAAAGACAGGUCCCUGCUGGGCAGGAGGCGCAUGCCCGUCCCCUCUUCGGGCCCUCCCAAGCCCCAUCCACCUAGCACUCCACCUGCUCUCCACCUGGCCCAUGGGCUCCCUCGUGGGAUCGUGAUGCCUGGGGCCUGAGGUCUGCUGCUCAGAGAGGCAGGGUGGGCGGUUAGGAAAGAGCUUGGCCAAUUCUGUGUGCCCCUCAUGCCCCCCUGCCUGCUGCCCACUUCCCAGACAGCACAGAGUGUGUGCUGUCACCUGCCUUACCGCAAGAUCCACAGCACGGAGCAAACAGCAUUUGGAAGUCAUGUUCGCAGUACUUCCGGCCUUCAAACUGCAAAGGGGCCGCAGAGAGAGGACAAGCAAACCACCCAUCAUCCCCAUGAGCCGCCCAGGCCCUUGUUGGGUCAGGACCUGACAGCAGGGGGAGGGGCACUGAGACAGGGCGUGCCAGGCAGAGGCUGGAGCAGUGGGUCCCAGGCCUGGCCAGCAGAGGACGCUGGCCCAUUUGGGACGGCGGGUUGCAAAGGGAGGGGCCCCGGUGGAAGCUGGAGAGGUCUGCGAGGCCGUCUGUCAAGGGACCGCUGGUGUCUACUGAGGAUCUGGGCCCUAUUAGUCCUGAGAACAGGCAGGGGUCGAGGGGGGUUUAAGCCAGGAGGGAUGAGAUCAAGUUUGAAGGGUAGUGUCCCUCGGCCUUAUUUCCGGUACCUUCUCUGUGGGAGAAGUCCAGCUCCCCAGUAGCCACGAAGACCAAGGGACAGGAGACAGAAGGAAGGGAACACAGGAAGGGCCCAGGCACCAGGGGUGGGAGGGGAUGGGGGGCGGGAAGGGCCCGGGCAUGGGGGUUGGUGGAGUGGGGAGCACAGGGCUACGGCCAGCAGGAGUCAGCCUACACACCCUCCAGGCAGCGCUGGCAUCGAGGGUCCCUGUGCUGGCCACAAAUGGAGCCAAAGCCUGCCUCUGCUUUCCUCUCUUUUAACAAUUUUAUUUCCUAUAUUUUAAUUUGGUUUUUCCCCAUUCUCUGAAAUAAGUGUCUUAUUAGACUGAACUGGAUUUAGCCCUACUAAGUGACCUGUAGAGGCAGGAAUGGCUUAAACUCUUUCAGCAAUGGAAAUCUGGGCACCUACUGUGUGCCAGGCUUUGUUGUGGGCACAUGGCCACCCCUCCCACUGCCUCUACACUUGGUCAGCACUUCUCAGGAGGCUGAAGGCACCAUGAGGAACGGUGGCUCCUGCUCUGCCAGGCAGACCACGCGCCCACAUCCAUGCACCAGCCAAUCCCAUCAGCUCUACCUCAAAACAGAGCCAGCAUCUCACACCAGUCACCACCGUCAUCACAACCACCAGUGGCAUGCUGGUAAACGGAACAGCCGGCUCCCUGGGAGGCAGAGGCAGGCCCUGCUGUGCGGCGUUUGCCAAUGUCCAUGGUGUGAAUAUAUCUGUCAUGGCCAACUUCCGGCUGCCAAUACGACAUGGACCUGGACUUGAGGGGGAGCUGUGCAAAAGGACAGAAGUAACCCCAGCAGCACAGAUAAUAGUAAAAUGUAACAAAUAAUUAGCAAGUGGUAUGCUUUGAGUAUCUGUUACCUCUGUUUUUAAUAAAAUGUUAUCCCAUUGUA